CGGGCGCCGACCCGCCAAGAUGGCGGCCUCCUACGUGGCGCUCCUGGCGCUGUCGGUGUUCCUGCCGCUGCUGCUGCUGCUGGUGGCGUGGAAGCACUGGCGGUGGGAGCGCGCGGCCCGCCACGUUAUUGUCGUGGUGCUGGGCGACUUGGGCCGCAGCCCCCGCAUGCAGUACCACGCGUUGUCACUGGCCAAGAGCGGCUUUUCCGUGACCCUCUUGGGGUUCUGCAACUCCAAACCCCACGAUGAGCUCUUGCAAAGCGACAGAAUUCAGAUUGUGAGUCUGACAGACCUUCAGAGACUUGCAGUCGGGCCCCACAUUCUCCAGUAUGGAGUCAAAGUUGUAUUCCAGGCAGUGCACCUGCUAUGGAAGUUGAUGUGCGUGGAGCCAGCAGCCUACAUCUUUCUCCAGAACCCUCCGGGCCUGCCUGCCAUUGCUGUCUGCUGGUUCGCGGGCUGCCUCUGCGGGAGCAAGCUUGUUGUCGACUGGCACAACUACGGCUACUCCAUUAUGGGUCUGGUGCAUGGCCCCAGCCACCCCCUCGUUCUGCUGGCCAAGUGGUACGAGAAGCUUUGCGGACGCCUGUCCCACCUGAACCUGUGUGUGACCAACGCGAUGCAGGAAGACCUGGCUGAGAACUGGGGCAUCAAAGCUGUGACCGUGUAUGACAAGCCGGCAUCUUUCUUUAAAGAGACGCCCUUGGACCUGCAGCAUCAGCUCUUUAUGAAGCUGAGCCGCACCUACCCUGUGUUCAGGGCCCGCUCAGAAUCCUCGGACCCGGGCACGGAGCGGUCAGCCUUCACGGAGCAGGAUGCCUUGAGUGGAGCGGUGACCCAUCUCUGCGGGCGGCCGGCCCUGUUGGUCAGCAGCACGAGCUGGACAGAGGACGAAGACUUCUCCAUCUUGCUGGCGGCACUAGAAAAAUUUGAACAGUUGAUCGACAGUGGGGAAAGCCUUCCUUCUCUGGUUUGUGUCAUAACAGGCAAAGGGCCUCUGAAGGACUAUUACAGCCGCCUCAUCCAUCAGAAGCGUUUCCAGCACAUCCAGGUCUGCACCCCGUGGCUGGAGGCUGAGGACUACCCCUUGCUUCUGGGGUCUGCAGACCUGGGCGUCUGCCUGCACCGGUCCUCCAGCGGCCUGGACCUGCCCAUGAAGGUGGUGGACAUGUUUGGAUGCUGCCUGCCCGUGUGUGCCGUGAACUUCCAGUGCUUACACGAGCUUGUGAAACACGGGGACAAUGGGCUGGUCUUCGAGGACUCGGAGGAGCUGGCAGCUCAGCUACAGGUGGCCUUGUCUGUCUGCUGCACACCGGGGCUCGCAGGCUUCGACACUUUUCUCGAGGUUUCCCGAUCCUGCUGGCAAACUGCACCAGUUCCGCGAGAGCCUCCGGGAGUCAGAGCAGCUCCGCUGGGAUGAGAGCUGGGAGCGGACGGUGCUCCCUUUGAUUUCGGCCACGUGAGGUGUCCUGUACCCCCCGCCUCGCCUUUCCUCUUCCUCCCCAGCAGCCCGCCCGCUCCUGUCCUCGCGGCUGGCGCUGCUGGCUGGAUGCCGUGGAGUGGCGCCGCCUGGUGGACGGCUGCUGGAAAGACAGCAGUGGGCACUGCCUGGGGAAUAAAGCUCACGUUAACCAGGGGUUGGUGGCCCAGGAAGCAGGCUCAGCCUCCUUUCUUCUUUGGAGGCUCUGAAUUCCUUCUCUCUUUUCUUCUGUCUUCUGUGAGUCUCUCCCCCCCCCCCCCCCCCCCAUAAACUGAGGCGGGUGGGAAUAACUUUCCCGUUAUUUGCUUGUGGCAUCUUCAAGAUCCGUUUUGUCUCCUGCAUUUGCCAAGUCAUGUCCCUGAUAUUUUGAUUCCUGCCUUGAAAACAGGCACCGUAGGCCACCCCCGCCCCACCCUGGCCCCGGGAAGGGACCCUAGGAUGUAUCCCACAUGCAGCAUGGCUCUGUGAGGGACGUGUGUCCAGGUUGGGGAAAACACACUUGGUAGAUGUUUUUAUCUGCACAAAUGAAAUGCUUCUGUCUUAGCCAAAAAUUUCACUUCUGACUUAACGGCGAUUUGCUUAAGAAAUAAGCCAGCUGGCAGAGAGAGGGUACCCACACACUCCAGCAGUUUAUAUUUUGUUAGAACACUUUAUGGCUCCGGAUUCAGAAUUUAACAUCUUUUGAACAUUCAAGUCCAGUGGAAGUUUUAUCAGAUUCUUUCCAGGACAGUGAUUUGAUUUUCAGGUUGCCCUUCAGAACCAUCUGUAAAAACUACAGCGUUAGUUUCAGAAUUGCCAUCUCUGAGUGCUCUUCGUAGGGAAACAGUUUCUGGUCGUGAUGAGGCACCUCUUCCCACGGGAUCCCAGCCCGGCCUGGAAACAGAACAGAUACAUCUCAGGGUUCUGGGGUUGGGGGCGGGAUGCCACCCUGUCAGGAUGGGGCUUUGGGACAGACACCCGGAACCAGCCUCCAGGGUGGGACCAGGAACCCCCUAGGUAAGCAGCUCACAGCAGCGAGGUUUCCUGUGUCUGCCCACUGGGCCGUGUGCGUCCCUCGGAGGUCACGGCCUGUUGGUUCCCCGUCGCUCUCUGCCUCUCUGCUCCACCCUCUCACCGAGCACAGCUCAGUAGGAGCCGAGGUCUGAAGGCACGUCUGCCUGACCACUCAGCCUGGUGCCUUCAGAGGCUGGGCCUGCGUCAGAGGGGCUUACGUCCUCUGUAAGCACGGAUGUCUGACAAGUCCCUGGCAUGGGUGGUUUUGUCAUCAGUUUUUUAUGAAUGAAAAAUCAGUAUUUAUAAAAAGGAAAUACUAGACACACUGUUAAGUCUCAUGAUCCUGCUGUCCAGGUAUAACAUGUUAAUGUUAAAUAGCCUGUAUGAAAGUCCCCCGUGUGUAUUAAUAAUGUCAUUUUUAAAAAUAAAAAUGGGCUGUAUAUGCUG